UAUAUACAUUCACAUGAUUGAGUGAGUGCCAGAAAGAGUCACAUGAUGUCCAGACGCUCCAACAAUUCUUGAUGGACUGUCAUAGUCAAAAGAUGACUUGCUGAUAGUGGAGUCUUGUGAGAUCCCUUGCUCCUAUUCUCGUCGGUUAAAGAAAGUGGAGUCAUACAUGGAGGCAGAGAGAAGGGAAGCCGAGGAAGGUUCCUCUUCUCAAAAUAAUCUUCCUCAAAACAUAGAUCACAGUUUGAUGUCUCAAGAAUCUCUGCCACCUGUAAACUCAUUGCCUGUACCUGAAGAGGAGGCUGUGUUGGUGGACAGGCAAGCGAUAGAAAACCUCACAGAAGGACUUCUCUCCCACUACCUGCCGGAUUUACAAAACUCUAAACAAACUCUUCAAGAACUCACGCAAAACCAAGUCAUCUUACUUGAAACACUGGACCAGGAAGUAACCAAGUUCAGAGAGUGCAAUGGUCUGCUGGAUCUGAAUUCACUGUUUACAGAGGCAAAGAUUUACCACGGUAAGCUGAUAAACAUCCGGAAAGAGAUGAUUAUGCUCCACGAGAAGACAACAAAAUUAAAGAAGAGGGCACUAAAGCUGCAGCAGCAGAGACAGAAGGAGGCAUUGGAGAAAGAGCAACAACGAGAAAAGGAACUUGAGAGAGAAAGACAACUCAUCGCAAAGCCUGCUAAAAGAUUGUAGCAGUACUACUAACAAAUAACUGGAUCUAGUUUGUAAUUGCUAAGAGCCCUAUAGACCAAAUAAAUAGACUGCAACUUCAGGCGGUUCACAUUUAACACUGACCUCUGAUGACCACUAGGUCACAAUACUCCAUUGAGACCUACUUGGCAACGCCGAAGAGAACAUUGCUGUCUAUAAAGUAUGGAAUGUGUUCAGAAAGUGCAUCAGUGUUGGCAUAGUUGUAGUCAGAGUUAUAUGGUGUCCAUUUUUUUUAUUAAGUCUGGAAUUUUGUGCAGUAUUGUAGACCAGCAGAGUGCUUUUCAUGUCAAACUGUCUUAAUGAUUUGGUCUUUAACAGUCAUGUGCUUGGGCUGUCAAGGUUAUAUUGCCCUUGUGUAUCUGGUAAUUGUCAAUAGGUUAUUGAGAACUAUUUGAGAAGUACCAAAGAUUUUAAUGUCGUAAGGACUAGGAUUGACAUGUUUUGUUCAUUCCGAUCACAUGUAGGUCUGUAUCUUCCUAUUAGAUCUCUUUUUUUGAAAACGACAACUAACUUUAGAGAACCCGUGUGAAUCGACCACUGCCGCUUUUGUAUCUUUCUAUUGAAAAGAUACAGAAAAGCUGUGAGAUUAUAGACGUUUAAAUAAAUCGCAAACAUUUCUUUGUACUUGUGUUGAAGCCCAUGCGUUUACUCUAUUCCCCUUUGACCUGUGAAUAACGUAGUCGUUCUCUGAAUAUUGUCCACUAGAUGUCAGGAGAGAAUCAUACUAGCUCUUCUAAAUUUUGUUUCUGCUCUGGCAAAUACAUUCUAUAAACAUCAUAACCUCACUGAUAUGGAGUUACCAGUGCACAUAAACAUGACAUUUCUGUAACAUGGUCUUUCACACUGGAACAUUGAGGCAGGGUCAUGGCGGACAUCUCAGAAAAAAGAAAAAAUGUAGGCUAAAAGCUGUUUAAAGCAUUGUAAAUGUGUUUCUGCCGACAUUUAAUAGGCCACCUGCUGUUGGCAACCUCAGU